AUGACGCAGGAUCUUGUUGAAAAGAUAGUAUCAUUUUGUGCCACGGUUUGUCGUUCGGUUUGUGUUCUUACUGCUAGUGGUGCUGUCUCCAGUGUUACCCUUUAUGCCCCUGGUUCUUCUGCAGGAACUUUGACAUAUGAGGGGCUGUUUGAAAUUCUUACUCUCGCUGGUUCUUCUGCUGUGCCCGGUGAAGUGGGGACUCGUCGUAAAACCGGUCUUUUGAGUGUUUCAUUGGCUAAUCCUCAUGGACGAGUUUUUGGUGGAAGUGUUGAAGGUCCACUAAUUGCAGCUGGCCCUGGACCCAUCCAACUUAUUCUUGCAAGUUUCAAGCAAAACAUCGGCCGAGAAAUCCGACGAAAGUAUUGCGGAAGAGCAUCAACAUCAGCCAACAUUGUUGCCAGUUCAGAAAUGGUGAAUGUUCCCAUUAAUCAAGUUACUCCAACGGCAGAUAAUCAUGAGAAAUGUACUUCACCCCAGGUACCAGUUACAAUGAAAGCAGAUACCCCAAAAUUAGAUACUGCUCCAACUGAAACUAAUAACAUAAACUCUGCUUCUCUAUAA